AUGCAGAUGCAGUUGCAGUUGAGGGCUGGGGACUGGGGACUGGGAACAGGAGUGCCAAUGACACCGCCAGCCGCAUCCUGUCCGCUGCCACUCACUCAUCCACUCAUCCACUCAGACCUCGAGACGCGACUGAAGGACCUACAGACCCACUUGGAUGUGCAAUUUCUGAAGAUACAAGCGCUUCUCAACAAAACCCUUCACAAAGAUCUUUCCAAAAAGAAUCCCAAAGUUAUACCGCCGAAAUUCGAGCAAAUCGGUUCGAGGUUCUUUUACAUAGAAACAUAUAGUAUUCAAACUUGGACGGAGGCAGCAGCCACGUGUCGUGAAAUGGGUGGCUAUUUGGCGGCAAUCCAAAAUGAAUCGGAGCUUAAUGCCAUCAAAGCCCAACUCAAUCCCAAUUCCUACUACUGGCUUGGCAUCCAUGAUCGGGAAAAAAGCGGCAUCUUUCAAUCACUUGCCUCCGGCUUGCCAGCCAAAUUCUUGAAGUGGCAUCAAGGAUAUCCCAAAAACUAUGAACAGAAGCUGAACUGCGUUUGGAUCUCCAACGGGGAAAUGCAUGACUUUUUUUGCAACUAUAAAACCUAUUUUAUUUGCCAGGCAGACAAUAAAAUAUAGAUCGAAAUUGAAACAAAAU